AUGUCUGUCAUCAGUUUUGGAGUCGGAAAGCAGGGCCAGUUGGGUCAAGAUGGAUUGAAGGAUCAAUUGGAUCCAGCUGUUAUACAGUUCCUAAAGGGAAAGAGGAUUAAGCAGACUGCAUGUGGAGAGGCUCAUUCAUUGGCUGUUACAGAGUUUGGUGAUGUAUAUAGUUGGGGCAGAGGAAAGGAAGGUGAAUUAGGACAUCCCCAACGUGCCCAAACUGCACCACCCGCCCUAGUCAAGGCACUGGAGCAUGAAAGAGUGAUCAAGGUGGCCUGUGGAAACUAUCACUCACUGGCAUUGACUGACACUGGUCGAGUCUAUCAAUGGGGACAACUUCACGUCAUUGAUAACUCAAGGGGUGGUUUCGAGACUCACAAUGGACUUGUACAAAUGACUGGAAUUGGAUUUGCCAAUCAAGUAGCAGAAUGCUCACUAUCAUUAUAUUUGAAUGGUGAUAAGAAGGCUUAUGAUGCCGAUGAGGAGAACACUGCCCAGGACAAUCCAAUGGCCACCAACAAUCCAAACUUUAACAAUGCCGAGGAACAAGUUAUAAACACAAUGAGCGAGCAACAUUCAACUGGACAUAUUGGAAGGAUUAUUGAUAAGAAUCAAUUGACACCACAACUUGUGGACUUUGGAAAGAAUAUUAGGAUCGUGGAUAUUAGUGCUGGAUGGGCAUAUAAUGCAGCGGUCUCUGCAAAUGGAAAUGUAUUCACAUGGGGAUUCAACGAGAAAGGUCAACUGGGCCUCGGCGACAGAUGGUUCUAUGGCAGCCCCCAGCUCGUCAGAGGACUGCCGCGCGACUCAAUCGCUCAGGUAUCAUGUGGCAGACAACAUAUUGCUGCCGUGGCCAAGAAUGGAGAGCUCUACACUUGGGGACUGGGUGUGUUUGGUCAGCUUGGACAUGGAAAGCUUAAGAGCUUGCUGUUGCCCAAGAAGGUCAUGGCCUUCACCGAACCAACACCAAUCCCCGUCAAGCAGGUCGCCUGUGGCGCCAACUUCACAAUGGUCGUUACGACCACUGGCACAUUGUACUCAUUCGGUCACGGCGAGUACGGCCAACUGGGAGCCACCGAGGAGACACAGUACAUGGACUGGCACAGCAAUGGCGAUGGCGCAGAGCGUGAGGAACACUUCAAGUACUCUCAGCCCAACAUUGUCAAGGCCAUGGAAGGACAGAAGAUCAGACAAGUGGCCUGCGGCCAUCUACAUACAAUUGCCGUCACCACAGACAACGAUGUAUACACAUGGGGCUGGGGCUCCAGCGGCUGUCUUGGUCUGGGCGAUCGCAAGUUCCAACUGGUUCCACAACGCGUGCCAUCACUCUCUGGUGAGGAGAUAUCCUCAUUGAGUGGUGGUGAGAAACAUACUUUGGUCGUGCGUUCUGGCGAUAUGUCAACGUUUGCAUUCGAUUACAAACCUCUGAUCAAUGACAAGAAGACUGCGGACAUUGCUUUCCUCGUGCAGAACAAGUACUUCUUUGCCCACAAGUUGUUUAUCCGCUCACGUUGCCCAAAGCUGUACGGCUCUGUGCUGUUUAGCGAGCGUUUCGCCAGACAGCUGUACGUGGACGAAGAGCAGAACGGAUACGAUGAGCAGCCCGUCAAGAAGUCCGUUGUCGUGAUUGGCAAGACCAAGCAUCAGAUAUGGGUGGCCUUUAUGAACUAUCUCUACACCGACCACUUGGUCAUCGCACCACAUCUCAGGAAGGAGCUGUCCGACCUGGCCACAUCGUGGGGCGUUCACAGACUUGCCAGUCUAUGCCAUCGUUUCAACUUCAAGCUGCGUCUUGCCGAGAAGAUCCCUCCAUCAUCCUUCAGUCUCGACAUGAUUGACAACAUCGACUCUUGCGACUUCUCCGACAUCAACUUUGAGCUUUCCAAUCAAGAACAACUACCAUCUCACAAGCUCAUCCUGUCAUCCAGGAACAAGUACUUCAAGACGAUGUUUGAAUGUGGAUUCAGAGAGAGGGAUCAAUUGAACUUUAACGUUGGCAAUGAGAUACAUAAGGAAUCAUUCAAGUUGAUGCUACAGUUCAUCUAUGGAAACAAUGAGGGCAUAGUCAAUCAGGAUAAUGCAAUCGAUCUACUGUGUCUGGCCGAUCGAUUCAUGGUCGACGACUUGAAGCUCGUCGCCGAGGAUUAUUUGGAGAGCAUGGUUCGCCAGAACAUCCCAUUGGUGAUGUCAUAUGUCAAGAACCGUCAUGUGCCUGCCGCCGAGCAGCCAGACAGCCCGGCCAUUGAGAGCUUGGCGUCGCAGGCUGAGGACGCCUUGGUCUCUUUCGAGAACAUCUGUCUGCUGUUGCAAGUGGGCGAUCAAUUCCUGGCCAAACGUCUGAAGCGUUUCUGUUUGGAGACCAUCACCGAGAUCCUUUCAAUCAAUACCCAGCUGUCCUUUGUCAUUGACUCGCUCAAGAAGAUGCGUGGCGAGUCACCUCAACUAGUGCGUGAGCUCGAUCACUUUGCCUCUGUCGGUGGCUCACUUGCCGACAACCAACUGAUAGCAUUGCUCAGAUAG